AUGAACGCGUCUCCCUUAGCGGUCUUUUUCACCGCGGUGGUGUUCACAUCCUCUUCGUCGACGACGUCCACCUCCUCCACUUCUUCCUCCUCUUCCUCUUUCUCUUCCUCUUGGUCGCGAUAUGGAAACAACAACAACAGAGCGAUGAUAAUGAUGCCUUCUUUUGCUUUUGUGAACGCGUAUUCACCUCAUCAAUAUUCAUCAUCGAAUCGACAGAGCACAAAGAAAAGACGCGCGAUGCCGUGUCGCACGCACGCGCUUCUCAAAGAAGGCGGUAAUCCGAACGAUUUUUACGACAUUCACAAAAUCGCCGGUGAUGGUAGAUGUUUGUUUCGUUCGUUAGUCGUGAGUAAAGGUAUAGAAGAUGAGAACGCUCGAUUGAGCGCAGAGCGAGAAGUGUUAGAGGCGGAUACAUUGAGAGAACAAACGAUUAAUGAGUUAAUGAAAAGAAGAGAGGAAUUAGAAUGGAUCGUCGAAGGUGAUUUUGAGGAGUACUGCGCGAACAUGCGAUAUCCUGGAGCAUGGGGAGGUGAACCAGAAAUCUUAGUCGCAACGCAUGUUUUGCAACGCCCAAUCGAGGUGCACAUGGCCAUGGCCGGGGAGCCACUUCGUUCGAUUGGUAUCUACGGUAACGAAGAUUAUGGAACCACGAAAGAUUCUAAAACGAAAUUAAUGCUUUUAUUCCACGGACAGGGACAUUAUGAAGCUUUGAGUAAGUGUUUGAACGAGUGA